CCCGCGCCGCAGCCCCCCGCGCCUUCCCGGAGGUUCAUCUGCUCCUUCCCCGACUGCGGCGCCAACUACAACAAGGCCUGGAAGCUCGACGCGCACCUGUGCAGGCACACGGGGGAGAGAUUGUUUGUUUGCAACUACGAAGGGUGUGGCAAGGCCUUCAUCAGGGACUACCAUCUGAGCCGCCACGGCCUGGUCCAUACUGGAGAGAAGCCGUUUGUCUGUGCAGCUAGUGGCUGUGAUCAAAAAUUCAACACCAAAUCAAACUUGAAGAAACAUUUUGAACGCAAACAUGAAAACCAACAAAGACAGUAUGUAUGCACUUUUGAAGGCUGUACGAAGACCUUCAGGAAACACCAGCAGCUGAAGGUGCAUCAGUGCCAGCACACCCACGAGCCGCUGUUCAGGUGUGCCCAGGAAGGCUGUGGGAAGCACUUUGCUUCACCCAACAGUCUGAAGCGACACAGGAAGGUCCAUGAGGGCUAUAUAUGUCAAAAAGGGUGUUCCUUUGUGGCGAAAAUGUGGACAGAACUUCUGAAACAUAUGAGAGAAGCCCACAAAGAGGAAAUCAUGUGUGACGUGUGUCAGAAAACAUUUAAACGCAAGGAUUUCCUGAAGCAGCACAUGAAAACUCACGUCCCUGAAAGGGACGUGUUCCGGUGCCCGCGAGAGGGCUGUGCCAGAACCUACACCACCGUGUUUAAUCUCCAGAGCCACAUCCUGUCUUUCCAUGAGGAGCAGCGCCCUUUUGUGUGUGAGCAUGCUGGCUGCGGCAAGACGUUCGCCAUGAAGCAAAGUCUCACCAGGCACGCCGUUGUACAUGAUCCCAAUAAGAGGAAGAUGAAACUCAAAGUAAAAAAACCUCGUGAAAAACGAAGUUUGGCCUCUCGGCUCAGUGGCUACAUCCCUCCCAAAAGGAAACCAGAAGAGCAGGAUGUGUCCUCAUCUUGGGAGGGACAGUCGCUGCCCCAUGUGGAUGACAGGGUGCUCUCCACGGUCGUCAUCCUCACCCUCAACUGAGUGGAGCGGUGCUUUGUUAAAGGACCACAGACUAGUGAGCUUCCUUUCUCAGAAGCAUACUUUAUUAACAUC